CCCUGCCUUAAGUGCCUGCUGGACCCUGGGAGCCUGGGCUGGGGCCUGCGCACUCCUUCCUCCUUGGCCCCUCAGGCCCUUGGAAGCAGAGAGAGAACCUCUUGCAGAUCCCAGGCUCAUCCCCGGUGCAGCAGACACCAAGAAGGUGGCCAGAGCCUCACUGAGUCCACCCGACGGCUGCCCACCCACCCAGGCAGGAGCCAUGGAUAAAUUCCGCUUGCUCUUCCAGCACUUCCAGUCAAGCUCGGAGUCGGUGAUGAAUGGCAUCUGCCUGCUGCUGGCUGCGGUCACCGUCAAGCUGUACUCCUCCUUUGACUUCAACUGUCCCUGCCUGGCGCGCUACAAUGUGCUCUACGGCCUGGGCCUGCUGCUCACGCCCCCGCUCGCCCUGUUUCUCUGUGGCCUCCUCGCCAACCGGCAGUCUGUGGUGAUGGUGGAGGAGUGGCGCCGGCCCGCAGGACACCGGAGGAAGGACCCAGGCAUCAUCAGGUACAUGUGCUCCUCUGUGCUGCAGAGGGCGCUGGCCGCCCCCCUGGUCUGGAUCCUGCUGGCCCUCCUUGACGGGAAGUGCUUCGUGUGUGCCUUCAGCAGCUCUGUGGACCCUGAGAAAUUUCUGGACUUUGCCAACAUGACCCCCAGCCAGGUACAGCUCUUCCUGGCCAAGGUUCCCUGCAAGGAGGAUGAGCUGGUCAGGGAUAGCCCUGCUCGGAAGGCAGUGUCUCGCUACCUGCGGUGCCUGUCACAGGCCAUCGGCUGGAGCGUCACCCUGCUGCUGAUCAUCGCGGCCUUCCUGGCCCGCUGCCUGAGGCCAUGCUUCGACCAGACAGUCUUCCUGCAGCGCAGAUACUGGAGCAACUACGUGGACCUGGAGCAGAAGCUCUUCGACGAGACCUGCUGUGAGCAUGCGCGGGACUUCGCGCACCGCUGCGUGCUGCACUUCUUCGCCAGCAUGCAGAGUGAGCUGCAGGCGCGGGGGCUGCGCCGGGACAAUGCAGGCGGGAGCCUCGAGCCCCCUGCAGUGCCUGAGCCCCCAGAAGACCUGGACAGUGGAAGUAGGAAGGCCCACCUGCGCGCAAUCUCCAGCCAGGAGCAGGUGGACCGCCUCCUAAGUACCUGGUACUCCAGCAAGCCGCCACUGGACCUCGCUGCAUCCCCCGGGCUCUGCGGGGGUGGCCUUAGCCACCGCGCCCCUACCUUGGCACUGGGCACGAGGCUGUCCCAACACACCGACGUGUAGAGUCCUGGCCAGGCUUGAAGUGGCAGUGUUCACAGGUGAAAUGCCGUGCUGACAAAGGUCUGGAGUCUUUCCAGGCCGUGGGGACCCCAGGCAGCACCCUAACUCUUGUUAGCCUCCUUUUUAAAGUAGCCCAAUCUCUGCCUAGUUUCUGGGUGUGGCCUCCAGUGUGCUUCACAAACUUUAAUGUGGACUCGGUUCACCGAAGGCCUUGUUAAAUACAGGUUCAGACGGUGUAGCCAGGACCGAGUCUGAGAUUCUGCAUUUUAAACAAGCUCCUGGAGGCUGAUGUGCUUUCGGUCAGUGAACCAAACUUUGAGUAGCAAGAAUCUAAAUAAAUCUGCCAUGGGUUCUGGGUUCCAGAUGUCAAUUCUAAAUAACAAUAAUGACCUUA